AUGGAUCCGCACCACCAUGGCCCGCAUGUUAUGGAGGUAUCGAAAGGAAAGCGCUACUUCCUCUUUGCUACUGCAUGCACUCACGUCCUCCUUGCUUCCGGUGAGGCCUACGGAUGGACAGCAUUGCGCCCUGUGCUCCAGGACUCAGGUCUCUUCGAUGCCUUCGAUCCCGACCAGCAGUCUACCCUCAUGAACGCCGUCGCGACCAUGGGCAUUGCGGGCAACGCGCUCUGCAAGCUUCCUCUCGGCAUGAUCUUGGACAAGUGCGGUCCUCGCUUCACCUCUCUCGUCGGAUGCCUGCUCCUGAUCGCAGGCUCAAUCAUACUCGCGCUCUGCGACAAGAACGACACCGUGCUCCCCGUUCUGGGAUAUUUCCUGCUAGGCAUAGCAGGCCCUUUCAUUCAGAUGCCUUGCUUCCAGUUUUCCGAGCUCUUCGGCACGCGCAAGGCCUCGGCCAUGGCCUACCUCAUCACCUGCUUCGAGCUCUCCACCGGCGUCUUCUGGGUGUUCGGGGAGCUCCACAGGGAAUGGAACAUACAGCGCAGAGAGCUGUUCCUAGGGUACUCGGGGGGCUUCCUCCUUGCCACGCUGGGCCCCCAGGUGGAGUACUUCUUCCAGGACCCUCAAGUCUCGAGCCGUCUCAAGAACUUGUUCAACAUCAUCCUCCCCCUCGGCUUCGUUCCCAUGAUGUUCUGCACUGCUUCAGGCGUCGCCUCCACUGUUGCUGGUCUCUUGCAGCUCACGCAGACGCAGCUGGUCAAGUACGUGGAGGAUCCAGCUACUCCGCUUGACUGGCAGAAGCUCGACCUGAUGCUGUUCUAG